AUAUCAAACAAUAUUAAGUAAUGAAAAAUAUUGUGCUUUAUUCCAUUGCAUUAUUACGAUCACUUGAUAUGUAAGAACAGUGUGGUUCAAUGGAAAGAAAAAAGAAGAAAGGGAUAUGCAAUAAAUACAUGGAAGUCGCUUUUUUCUUACUAAAUCGGACGAGUGUAUUCUUCAAAACGAUUAGAAUGUCAGAGAAUACGCAUUCGUAUGGUUAGAAUAUUUACCAACUUUCGCGGUAAAAACUUUAAACAUUCAAGUACCUACGAUCGUCACCAGGGAUGCUGUAAACAUCCGAUCGAAAGGAAUACACGCAACGUAUAUUGUUAACAGGUUAUCCGAUGUAUACAUACGCGCUAUGUUUUUACUGUUUACUUCAUGUAUCCGUUAUUCUGUAACAUUCCAGAAACAUAAUUUAGAAAUAUGAAGAGAGUUUUACGGAGUAAACGAAACGCACCAAUAAUUAUAUCCUCCGAUGAAGAAGAAAAUGAGAAGAACGAGAAGAAAGAAAUCAAAAGGAAAGUUGUAAAGAAAAAAAUUCAAGUUGAAGAUGAUAAAAUAGGAACGAUUGAUAAAGGUAAGAGAAAGAGAGUAGGAAAUGUACAAGUAAGAGGUAAGAGAAUUGGAGAAGAACAUAUCGAUAAAGACAACGACGAAGAUGUAAUGACGAAGGAAAAAGUAGACGAAUGUACAAGGGCGAAGGGUGUGAAAAGGAAAAACGAGGAUAUAGACGAGUCAAAUGUUUCUAAUGGAAAAAAGGUAAGAUUGAAGAAAGAUGUAAACAACUCCAACGAAGAUGUAUCGCUCAAACGGCCAAAGAAAGAGAAAGAAAUAGAUCUAGAAAAUUUUUCUACCAAAUGCGUAGAAUGGACCGACGUGGAUUACAUUUGCGAAGUACAGAAUAUCGAUAGACAAGUAGCACAAAAUAUUGUGAAACUUUUCAAAGACGAAAAUACUAUACCUUUUAUCGCGAGGUACAGGAAAAACAUGACGGGUGGUAUGGAACCGGAUCGAUUAAGAUCUGUGAAGGAGUCCUUCGAUCGAGUAAGGAUAAUAAAGAAUCGCGCAGUCACGAUUAUUAAAGCCGUUGAUAAGUUGGGAAAGUGGACGCCGCAGAUUCAUUCUGCCAUAAUGUCUACCAAAUCCAUGGACGAUUUGGAGCAUAUUUAUUCUAUGUUUAAAGUUAACCAGAAGAGAUCCUUGGCGGAGAGGGCCAAGUCGCUGGGCUUAGGUCCGGUAAGUAACGCCGUAAUAGAAGGAACAGAAAUUCCUCCUAUGUCGUCGCUGAUCGACCGAAAAAAGAAAGAGCUGCAAAGCGAGCAACAAGUGAAAGAAGGAAUUGUACAUAUCAUAGCGGACACGAUAAGUAAAAAUAAAGUUACCUUCGACGAAGUGAGAACGCUUGAAAAAGCAUCUAUUAUAGAGAUUCAGACGCUACGAUCAAAGUUGAACGAUAAGUCCAAGAAUGAGAAGAAGGACGAAGAAAAGUAUGAAAUAUAUUUCAAUUUCAAAAGCAACACAAGAAUUAUUAAGCCGCAUCAAAUUUUAGCUAUCAAUAGGGCAGAGUCGCAGAAAAUUCUCGCUGUGAAGAUCGUUAUACCGGAUUCUUUGGUAGAUAGAUUUAAAAAUUAUUGUUUGAAUUUCUUCAAAAUCGGAGCUCGAGCAUCGAGCUUACAUUUAACAUUAUUGAAAGAUAGUAUCGAUUAUGCUUACAAGAAAUUUAUUAGACCACUAAUAAUUCGAAGAGUACGAAGCGAGUUAACGGAGAAGGCUGAAGAAGCAUCUAUAAAAGUAUUCGCUAUCAAUGUCAAACAGUUGUUACUGAUACCUCCCGUACGAGGAAAGAUCGUGCUAGGUAUAGACCCGGGCUUCUCUCACGGAUGUAAAUUAGCAGUAGUGUCGGAACAAGGAAGCGUUUUGGAAACUGCUAUAAUAUAUCCUCAUAAAAAGACAGAAGGCUCAGAAAGAUCAAUUAAAAUUUUGACCGAUUUGGUAAGGAAAUAUAAUAGUACUGUCAUAGCGCUUGGCAACGGUACGGCAUGCAGAGAAACAGAAGUGUUUCUGUCAAAUUUAAUCAAAUCCAAUGCCUUCGAGCCUUUCGACGUUUCUUACACGAUAGUCGACGAAGCGGGAGCUUCCGUAUACAGCUGCAGUUCGGAAGCCAAACUCGAGUUUGCCAACCUCGAUCCAAAUAUAAUCUCUGCGAUCUCAAUCGCAAGGCGUAUACAAGAUCCGCUUGCCGAAUUGGUCAAGGUAGAGCCAAAGUAUCUAGGUGUUGGAAUGUAUCAACACGAUUUGCCCGAAAAACAAUUGUUACAGUCGUUGAACGAAGUUGUCACAGAGGCUGUAAGUUUCGUCGGCGUAGACGUCAACACAGCUUCCCUUUCUCUCCUUAAAAAAGUCGCUGGUCUGAAUGUAUCUAGAGCAACUAACAUCAUAGAAUGGAGGAAUAAACACGGUCCAUUUUCAAACAGGCAACAGAUUUUGGACGUAAAAGGCAUUGGCACCAAAACUUUCGAACAGUGUGCCGGAUUUAUAAGGAUUCUACCAGAGACGGCGGUUGUUAGUGGGAGUAAAGCAAAGAAAUCCAAAUAUCCUGAUUCAUCUCCAAAUUUUUUGGAUCAAACUUGGAUUCAUCCGGAGUCAUAUGGUAUAGCGGAUGAAUUUAUAAAAUCGUCUGGAUGUAAUGUAAAGGAAAUAGGCAGUUUGUCUUUCGUGGAAAAAAUAAAAUCGUACGUGAAAGACGGUGGUUCGAGUUUUCAUAAGAAAUUUCAGACGGACGAAGCCACGUUAGAAGUUAUAAUAAAAGGCUUGACUAUGAAAAAGGACGAAGACAUAAGAAUGAAGUCGCACUGUCCUUUGUUUCGUGCUUCUUUGCAAAACAUCGACGACUUGACCAAUGGUACCAUCUUAAGCGGGGCUGUCAGGAACGUCACGCAUUUUGGGGUAUUCGUAGAUGUUGGGGUAGGAAGAAACGGUCUUAUGCCCACUAAGUGGUGCAAGGAUCAAACGCUUUGCAUAGGUCAACGCGUGGAAGUAAAAGUCAUCAACAUCGAACAUCGUCGCAAUAGGUUCACCUUGGAAUUAAUGAAGGUCUUAUAAACUAACAUCGAAAGAUUUUCUUUAUCGAUCGUGCGAGGCGUCAAGUACGAUCGAAAUACUUUUUUUUUUUACCGUCUCCUUUAUCAUCGAUUAUGUACAUCCCCAUAUACGUUUUGUACGGAUUGUGAGCGAAAUAAAUUCAUCCAUUGAAAAUAUUGAAUAAGAAAA